CACCCGCCCCUCCAGCGGAAGCCGGAAGCAAAAGCGGGCCCGGCUAGUCCCGUGGCUGCGAACUCGGUGGUCUUGGAGGCUCCGCAGGAUGGGGGAGAAGAUGGCGGAAGAGGAUAGGUUCCCCAAUACAACUCAUGAGGGUUACAAUGUCACCCUCCACACCACCCUGGUUGUUACGACGAAACUGGUGCUGCCGACCCCUGCCAAGCCCAUCCUGCCCGUGCAGACGGGGGAGCAGGCGCAGCAAGAGGAGCAGUCAAGCGGCAUGACCAUCUUCUUCAGCCUCCUCGUCCUGGCUAUCUGCAUCAUAUUGGUGCAUUUACUGAUCCGAUACAGAUUACAUUUCUUACCAGAGAGCGUUGCUGUUGUUUCUUUAGGUAUUCUCAUGGGAGCAGUUAUAAAAAUUAUAGAGUUUAAAAAACUGGCAAAUUGGAAGGAAGAAGAAAUGUUUCGUCCAAAUAUGUUUUUCCUUCUCUUGCUGCCACCCAUUAUCUUUGAGUCCGGAUAUUCAUUACACAAGGGUAACUUCUUUCAAAAUAUUGGUUCCAUCACCCUGUUUGCUGUUUUUGGUACCGCGAUCUCUGCUUUUGUAGUAGGUGGAGGAAUUUAUUUUCUGGGUCAGGCUGAUGUAAUCUCUAAACUCAACAUGACAGACAGUUUCGCGUUUGGCUCCCUGAUAUCGGCUGUCGAUCCGGUGGCCACCAUCGCUAUUUUCAAUGCCCUCCACGUGGACCCUGUGCUCAACAUGCUGGUGUUUGGAGAAAGUAUUCUCAACGAUGCAGUCUCCAUUGUCCUGACCAACACAGCUGAAGGUUUAACAAGAAAAAAUAUGUCAGAUGUCAGUGGGUGGCAAACAUUUUUACAAGCCCUUGACUACUUCCUCAAAAUGUUCUUUGGCUCAGCAGCGCUCGGCACUCUCACUGGCUUAAUUUCUGCAUUAGUGCUAAAGCAUAUUGACUUGAGGAAAACGCCUUCCUUGGAGUUUGGCAUGAUGAUCAUUUUUGCUUAUCUGCCUUAUGGGCUCGCAGAAGGAAUCUCAUUCUCAGGCAUCAUGGCCAUCUUGUUCUCAGGCAUCGUGAUGUCGCACUACACCCACCAUAACCUCUCCCCGGUCACGCAGAUCCUCAUGCAGCAAACCCUGCGGACUGUGGCCUUCUUGUGCGACACAGGGAUGGGGCAGAGUGACACCGUCCAGGUGCUUGUGCUGUUUGGCAGAGCGGUAAACAUUUUCCCUCUUUCCUACCUCCUGAAUUUCUUCCGUGAUCAUAAAAUCACACCGAAGAUGAUGUUCAUCAUGUGGUUCAGUGGCCUGCGGGGGGCCAUCCCCUAUGCCCUGAGCCUGCACUUGGACCUGGAGCCCAUGGAGAAGCGGCAGCUCAUCGGCACCACCACCAUCGUCAUCGUGCUCUUCACCAUCCUGCUGCUGGGCGGCAGCACCAUGCCCCUCAUCCGCCUCGUGGACAUCGAGGACGCCAAGGCGCGCCGCAGGAGCAAGAAAGACGUCAUCCUCAGCAAGACAGAGAAGAUGGGCAACACCAUCGAGUCUGAACACUUGUCGGAGCUCACGGAGGAGGAGUACGAAGCCCACUACAUCAGGCGGCAGGACCUCAAAGGCUUCAUGUGGCUGGACGCCAAGUACCUGAACCCCUUCUUCACACGGAGGCUGACGCAGGAGGACCUCCACCACGGGCGCAUCCAGAUGAAAACUCUCACCAACAAGUGGUAUGAGGAGGUGCGCCAGGGCCCCUCCGGCUCCGAGGACGACGAGCAGGAGCUGCUGUGACAGGUGCCCGGGCUUCGGGCAGCAGGACGCAGGACGGGCGUUUGCCGCCCACACACACCCAGCAGGGGCCUCCCGGAGGUGCGUGCAUUUGGCAGCCUCUUCAGGACAUAAGCAAGGAGGGUGAAGUAGAGGCCGCGGAGUCUUCUUAACCUGGAACUUUCCAGGCCUUUGGAGCCAGUUGGCUUCAGAAACGCAUGUCAUCUGCCCACUCCUCACUGAGCCAGCCUCUCUGCUCUCGGUGUUGCUUCUCGGCCCCCAGAUUGGAGUGACCACCUGUCCUAGGUGAACACUUCCCUCUGCUUCUGCAGCCAGGUGAGCAGUCAUCUGUCAAGCUGGGUGCCUGCCUGGAGAAGGAGAACUGCUGCCCAGCCUGCUGAGAGGAGCACUUGUUUGCAGUUUGUGCCAUUCGCAAGCCACUGCCUUCAUCACAGCCCCUGCCGGGAUGGGCCUCUGUGCUGGCAGGUGGGAGUCAUCAAGGUGCCUCUGGCUCAGCAGCAGCAAACUGACCUGAGUGGCAGGGCCCAGAAAUCUUGACAACCUCACACCCCCCUUCGUGAUAGUUCCUGCCCUCCCUGAGAAAGAAAAACCCAGUGACCUUUUUUCCUUUACCUCUGAUUGGCACCUCAGAGCCUGUCUCCCUGGGUGGCAGGCAGCUGCUGCCCUUCUCUGGGCAUAUUCUGAAUGUUUACACUGGUACCUUCUAGUAUCUUCUCUAGAGCCCCAUGGGAGGCUGCAACCCUGGGUUUUGGGGGUGGGAGAGUGAGCCUGGUCUGUGGGGUCAGAGCGCCCUCUAGAGGGGUUUGUGCCGGCUGGCGCCUUCCAUGAUUCAGUUUAAAUUCCUGCACUGUUACAACAAAGAGUCGCCUAGUAGUAGUCGCCUCCUGCCAUCUGAUUCCUCCCUCACUGCAAUUCCCCUACUCAGUGGUUCUUUUUUAUUUUGUUUUUAUAUGAAGCGGGUCGCCUCCGUUCCGCUCCCCAUCGGUGGCUCUCAUUGUCCGGCACAGGCCCCUUUUCCUAGGCUCUGCGGCGUGUGCUCACCAGCUACCUGCUGCGCCUUCGCCGCUAAUCAGGGUUCAUCCUCCUUCCCCUCUCCUAGGUCCCUACCAUGUUUCGUCCCCUUUGUCAUUCAUGCCAGGGUCCCAGCUCCCCAGAGCACUGGGGCAAGGGCCAGAGCAGCACAUGGUCCUCCUCCCCUCCCACCCCUACUUGGGACCCCAGCAGCCUGGGGUCAGAUGCGCGCGCACACACUCACCCAGCACCGUCGCUCGGUUGCGACCUCCCAGCCAUCUGCCGGUGAUGAGCUGCCAAUCAUGUCCAGAUGAAACGGAGUUACUGACUCACAACCUCUCCUCGCCUGUCUUUUAACAAGCCUCAUAACCGCUCAACUUUGCCCACCUAAGGGCCGUUGACAACUUUCACAUGUGGUUCUGGGUCCCAGCCGGAGUCUUGGAACUCAGCACACUUGAGUGGUUUAAUCAUCAUUUGCAUGUCCUUGUUUCUCUGGGGACACAGUGGUCCCAUGCGGGCCAGCAUGGACCCUGGGCUGGUAGCAGGUGCAUUUCCAUCUCUGCUGCCUCAGGCAGCAGCAUGGCCCUGGACGUUAGGAAGGACUGACCUCAGGACCCUCCAGGAUUCGUGCCAGGCAUGAGAGGCCAGGCCCCGGCCGUACACCUUGCCUUGCCCCCAAAGUUGUCAGAGCAGGCCAGUUGGGCAGGAAGCUAUGAUACGCUAUUAUUACAUGAAAAGUAAAUUUUUACUUGAUAGAGCUAAAAUAUAAUCUAUUUAUAAUCCCUCAUCUUAAGCCCGUAAUUUAAGCCCAUGCCUUGCUUAAUUUUGGUCUCCACCAUUUCCUUUUAGUGGAAAAGAGGUCAAAGAACGGCCUCUUUGAGAGUGGCCAGGUGGGGGCAGGGACCUGAGACCAGAUUGUUCUCGCACCCCAGCUCAGAACUCAUUUUACUUUCUCUCCUGAAAUUCAGGGUCCGAUCUUACAGAUGUAAGUUGCUUUGCAAACUCAGUUACUUGCCAGGAUCCCUUUCUUUCUCUAAUCUUAAAUUCACAGAUUAAACAAUGCAAAGAGUCAGAUCUUCCCAGUUCAGACUGCCCCU